CACUCGGGACGUAGAACUUCUGUCCGUUCGUUGAAUCCGUUAUUUAUUUUCAAUAUUUAUUCCUAAGAUGAAGGUUAGAGGAUUGUUGUGUUACAGUUUAGUAGUUUUUAUUUCAAUUAAUUAUCAAGUACAAGCACUAGGAAAAUACAGAGGACUUGAAUUUUUGGAGCCUUGUUCAAGACGUGAUCCACAACUUGAAGCAUGCCUUGCAAGAUCUGCUAAUGUAUUAACGGAACAUUUCCGACACGGUCUUCCUAUAUUGGAUUAUCCAGAAGUAGAGCCAAUAGUAUUAGACGAAGUCCACAUUACUUUGGGUGGUGGAGCUGAUGGUUACAAGGCACAAUUCCGUGAUGUCACUGCAAGGGGAGUGUCGUCAUUGAGAAUUACAGGUCUUAGAACACGAAUCAGUGAUGAUGAAGUACAGUUACAAUUGGCCCUUACUAUUCCAAAAAUUCGAGCUGUAGCCAAAUACCAAUCAAGUGGUACACUUAUUCUUGUUCAAGCUAGUGGAGCUGGAGAUUAUUGGGGUGUUUAUGAUGGAGUUAAAGCGAAAGUAUUUCUACGAGCUAAACCUUAUAUGAAUGAAGGUCGUAAAUUCCUGCAAUUACAACAAUUGAAAAUGGACUUUAGCGUUCAAAGUAUUAAAAUGGGAGUUGAAAAUGUUCAUGAUGGCAACACAAUACUACAAGCUGCAUUGAAUCUUUUCAUCAACACCAAUAGUCAAGAGUUGUUGAAAGAAAUGAAACCUGAUUUAAGACGAAAACUUGUACAAGUUAUGACUGUUUUUGUUGAAAAAUUAUUCGCCCAAGUUCCUUAUGAUGCUUGGAUCACUGAUUAAUUAUUUAUUAUAAUAUAUUUUAGGCUGAUUAUUUUUUUAUUGUUAUUCACGACUGAAUAUAAAAUAUAGGAAUGUAAAUUUUAAAAAUUAUUUUUCAUAAUAUUGACAUUUAUAUGAUUUUUAUUCCAAUGUAUGAUAGAAACAAAUUUUACAUACAGUUUGUUAUUAUAAAAUCAUUGAAUAUUUUAUAUAUGUGAUUUAUAGUAGUCAUUAUUGACACAGCAUUGAAAUUCAAUAAAAGAUAAUCAGCAAAUGGAUUAAUAAUGACAAAGGUGAAAAUGAAGAAUGAUAAAUGACGUUUGAUACUACAAAUUAUAAUAGAGAAUUUUUUUAAUUGAUUAAAGUUUAGUGUAAUGAUAUAAUUUUAUUUAUAUUUAUUAAAUAAGACUGUAAUUUUAGUAAAAAAAAAAGAAUGAAAAUAAUCUAAUUUACGACCAUUAUUUUAGUACUGAGUUAUAUAGUUUUAACUCACAUUUACAAAUGUAUGAAAGAUAAUUGGUUUUUUUAACAUAUGUAAAGUUGAGUUGUAUAUUAGAAGCAUUAAGUUCAAAGUAAAAAAUAUAAAAAAUACUAUUAAUCAUCUUGUAGAGAUCAUGAAAUGGAGUUAGAUCCUUGGUAGACAACUUGUGAGCAUGAAAAAAAAUAGAGAAUUAUAAAUUAGAUGAAAAUAUUUUUUGAGAAAUUUUUUAAUAAAAUUGACGAUUGUUGAUUAUAACUAUUUCAUAAAAAGAAUUGGUUCGAUUUUAAAAACAAUUACAAUAAAACUAAAAAUUGAACAAGAAAAAUUUUAAUGAAAAUUGUAUGAAUAGAAGUAAUAAUUAUUUUGACUUAGAAUUUGAUUUUUUUUGAAAAGUCAUGACAAUUUGUGGAAUCGAUUUAAUAAAAAGCAUUUUUUUAACCUUUAAUAAAUAGGAUAACUAUCAAAAUGCAUCUCUUUAAAUGACUCAUAUACUUACACAUUACAUUGUACAAUUCACGUGUCGAAAUGCUGAUUGUGGUAAGUUUUAACAAUAAAUCUACAUUGUAUCUAUGAAGGAAAGUUAUGUAAUGAAUUAUGUCAAGCGAAAUAACUCCUCUAAUUUGUUUUUGUGACUGCAGUGCAAUUCGUAAUUGUAUUAAUUGUUAUUGGAAAAUAAUUAUUUACAUUUUUUUGUAAAUCUCUGAUGAUUCAACCGUAAACGAUUUUAUUGUUGAA